AUGGUGGAAAAGGCAGGCAAGAGCCACGAUCUUAUGAGCAUCGGGCGUCAACUCAGCGAUGCCUCGAACAUCCCCAAGCCCCACUGCUCGGACAAGGCGCAGGAGCUCGUGGGCAAGAUCGAGGAGCUGAUCUUGCCCGCAGACUACGCGGCCAAGGUUGGAGCCAGGACGGACCUUCGGACCGAGUCGUUGCUUGGCUUGCGCAAACGAGAAAUUAGUGGCCUGGACUUGGUCUGA